AUGAAAAAGCUUCCAACAGAAAUUCUAGAUAAAAUAUUUCGCGAACUUCCCGCCUCGGACCUUUUGAGCUGCGCGGUCGUUUCCAAGCGGUUUCUUACGGUUGCGGCGCGAAUUAUUCCGGAACUUGAAAGUCUUAAAAUCGCUUUAACUGAUUGCCCACUUCGCAUUGGCAUCGAUAGAACAUUGAAUAAUGAGGCAUAUCUUCAUGUUUGCCAAUGUGGCGAUCAUGGAGGAAUGGAGAUCUUAAAAAACAUCCUACCAGUUAUCUCGGAUGGUGCGAAUUCGCUUGAAGUUGAAGACGAUCUGGUUAAAACCCGUGUGAGCGAUGAACAAAUGGCGGUUCUGUUCGCGUUGUGCAGUUCGGCUCCAUUGAAGCGACUCGCGCUCACCGAAUGCGAUCUUGCCAAUGUUCAGCCGUGGACGUUGGCUCUUUUGGCGAAAUUCGAUCAGCUCGAGAAGCUUGAAAUGGAAGGCUGCACGUUUUCGGUUUCGGAAUCGCAGUUGAUUCGCAGCUUGUCGACGUCGUUCAACACUCUCACCAACAUCGACUUCCGCGACAACGUCCAAAUCACCGACAAAUUCGCGCGCGCCGUUUCUCGCAGCUGCCCACAACUCGAGACAUUCCGUGUCUCCGGAUGCCCGUCGAUUUCCACUUUCUCCGUGUUGUCUCUCAUUGACGCAACUUUCUUCCGUGUCAAACAUUCUUUGACUGUUUACAUGGAUGGAACGCCGUUCAGUCCGGAUCAACUGCACAAGUACAUGACAUCGCCGUUGUUCGAGGCAUCGUCGGAUUGGCGUCUCUCGCCGGCUUAUGUUCAACUUGGCUAUGAGAAGCCGGCGAUUCUGGCGGAACAUCGCGAGCAGCGAUGCAUUCUCAUCUACGUCUAA